AUGGUGUUCUCGUUUACCCUCCCCACCACCUCCCACCUAUCCUUUCAGUCCUAUCUCUCCUCCCCCACCCACCCCUCCCUCCCCCAGUCCGCUUCCACGGCCCGCCAUGCCCUCCGCCUCGCCCUCAAGAAGCACAAGCGCCUUUCCCCUGCUCAGCAAUCAGACCACCUACAGCUUAUCCUCACCGCUCUAAAUGACUACAUCCCCUUCCUCUUCGCCCUCUCGCACAGCCUCAGCUCCGACCCUACCCCACACGGCACAGAGCAUAUCGAGAUCCACCUCCGUUCUGAGAUCGAGGUCGAAUGGCGCACCACGCUCUCGUCAGAUUCUUCGCUGCUCCGUCUGCGACGCGGUGAAGUGGGACUGGGUCGAUCUUCUCGCGUCCGUGGCCGCGGACUGGACUUUGAAAUUGCCUUCGUGCUAGCGACGCUGGGGUAUGUCCUGGCCAACCUUGGGCGGGCUAGAUAUUUGAAAACGCUCUAUGCGAACAAAACGCCUACGCCAGAAAUGAAGACGGCGGCUGUGCAAACGGCGACCAAAUAUAUACUGCAGGCCAGCAGUGUACAUACGUUUCUGGCUUCCUCGUCUUCGCUCUCGGGCCUGUGCGCGGCUACAACUCUUCCCCCGCAGACUUCCAAGUUCCAUAAACAUUCAACUACAGCUACAUCUACAUCCACACCUAGUUCGCCAGCCGGACCAGACACCUCGUCAAUUCCCAUUCCAGACCUCGACCCGUCCACACAAUCAGCCCUCGCAACCCUAGCCCUCGCGGAAGCCACGCUGCUUGCCGUCAUCAAGGACGACGCCUACCUCUUUGCCUGUAUCCAGGCGCGAAACUCUCUCGACACGGAAUGGAUGGUCAAACCGCCCGAUAUCCCGAAAGUGCGUACGUUGCUCUUUGCACGCCUGUGCGUGCGCGCAGCCGAGUAUGCGGAACAGGCUCUCUCGAGCGCCGGUGCUGUCGGUGGCCAAGGGAACGACUCCAAGGUUGACGAGGAUUUGCUCAAUUACAUGCGCAGUUUGGCGCGGGUGUGUCGUGCGAAGGCUUGUAGGUUUUUUGGCAUCGAUGCGGAGAUGGCUGGGAAGACGGGAGAGGGCAUUGCCUGGCUGAGGGCUGGGAGGGGAGUAUUGGGGUUUCGGGGGACGUUGGAAGGGGAUGCGAUAGGGACGGGGAAGGGGGGGUUUGGUGCGAAAUUCUCGAAAUUGAAGAGGGGGUGGUCGGAGCGGAGGGAGGAGAGGAAAAUUGAGAAGGAAGCGGCGUCGUCGUCGAGGGGGGAGGAGCUGAAGCGCGAGGCGGAAAUGGACUGGGGGGACGAUGCUGGAAGGGAGGAGGAAGGGAGGGUGCUGGAUAUGCUUGAGGCGAAGUGGGUGAAGAUAAAUGAUACGAUAAAUACCCAGCUCAUCCCCUCGUCAUCAUCGUACCUAGCAAACCUACCCUCAGGUAGAGACAUCCACUCCACUCCUGCAGCAUAUAGCCCGCCGCAACUCGAUGCGGAACAACUAGUAGGCAUGCGUGCGCCACCAGAAACCAAUGAGUCCUUCGAUGUGGCGUGUAGCAGCGAUGAAGAAGUUGAUGACAGGGAAGUGUCUGAGAGGGGAUAUUUCUAG